GUUUUCCAAGAUGUGAUUUUGGUUGUUUUAGAUCUAACGUGUUUUAUACAUUGUCCUGUGUCUUUCAGUCUCUUGUUUCUUUUUCCUGUUGUCUUUCUGGAGACUCUCAUGUUUGUUCAGAAGGUCACACAUUUUAAUACUUCUAAUUGCAUUCUUUUGAUGUGUUUAAAUGUUUUCUCCAUUUCUUAUAGUUCCUGUAAACUGAUGCAGACCUGAAUGGUUGAUUAAGGCACAGAGCAAAAAAAUUCACUCUAGGGCUAUUCUUUUUUUUUUUUUUUUUUUAAGGGAAAUGUUUAUUGUUGGGUGGGGGAAGCCCGAUGGGCACCAGGGAGAGGGCAAGAGAGAGAUAAAUCAGUAGAGAGUCUUUAGGGCUUUUCUUAGGGUGCUUAUAAACUAAUGGAGCAGGCUGGCAUGUAAUUAAGCAAAUAAAUGCAUUAUCACAAAUAGGUGAGAGUCUGGAAGUAAACUGCAGUGUUGUUUUCUCUUUGAGAGUAGGAUCAGGUGUAUUCUUACAAAGUAUAAGUUGUAUUUUUUAGCCAUGUUGAAAAGGAAAUUGAGUAGGAAAAGCAUUUUUGUUUCUUAACUGCUUAGGAAAGUGAGUAUGAAAUGGAGAAAGUGUUUGUUUGGUUUUGGUUUUUAAAAGAUUUACUUAUUUGAGAAGCAGAGUUACAGACUGAGAGAGGGAGAGACAGGGGGAGAAAUCUUCCAUCUGCUGAUUCACUCCCCAAAUGGCCGCAAAGGCUGGAGCUGGGCCAAUCUAAAGCCAGGGGCCAGGAGCUUCUUCCCGGUCUCUCAGUGGGUGCAGGGGUCCAAGCACUUGGGCCAUCCUCCCUCUGCUUUCCCAGGUGCAUUAGCAGGGAGCUGGAUCAGAAGAGAAGCAGCCAGGAGACAAUCCAGGGCCCCUAUGGGAUGCCCGCUAUGUCACUGCGGUGGCCCCCUGUUUUGUGUCUUAACCUCUAUGCAAAACACCUGCUCUGGAGGUAUUUUUUUUUUCCGAGUGAGUAUCCACUGAAGGUGAUAUGGCCCUCCAGGUUGUACUCCAACAAAGCACUCGGACCACUAGGAGUAGUAGAAAGACUGGUAGUUAAUAGAGUGAUGUGUUCCUGUACCUGAUGGGAUUUUGUGUGUGUACAUUGGGUGUUCUGUUGCUAGAUGUUUAGGUUCAUAUUGAUCCCAUUUGAGGUGAGGAGCAACUUGGCCUGUGGGACAGAUCUAUGGUUAGUGAGUUCCAGGGGAGUAUGCUCCCUGCAUUGGGCCUUAUGGGAGCAGGGCAAGAUUGAAAAGUUAGGAACAAAACCAAAAGAUAGCUCAAGGCCUGUGUCAUGAUAGAGAUUUAUUUGUUGGAUUAGAAAUUGAAAAAUAGUUGUUUGAGGACAUCAUUAUGUCUUUCAGUAAAACCAGUUAUGUGGGACCUGUUAGGGAAAUCGUUCCUUUCCUAGGGUUUGGCAUUGUAUAUUUUAAGAAGUGAAAUAAGUGUGUUGGCUACUACAAGUUGAGAAUUCACGAAUCAGAAAUCCAGAAUCUAAAAUGUCUGAACUCUUUUUUUUUUUUUUUUUUUAAUUUGAAAGGGAGAGAGAGACAGACACAGACAGACAACACUUCUACCCGUUGGUUUACUUCCUAAAUGCCUGUGACAGCCACAGGCUGAAGUGAGGAGCUGAAAACUGAAUUCCUGACUCCUACAUGAGUGGCAGGGACCCCAGGACUUGAGCCAUCACCUGCUGCCUCCCAGGGUGUAAUUAUUAAGAAGUUGGAGUCAGGAGCAGAGCCUGCCAGGCACACCGCAUUUGAGAUGUUGGCAUCAUAAGUGGCAUCUUCCUGUGCCAGAUGCCUGCCUCUGAAAUCAGAAACUUUUUUUUAUUUGUUUUUCUUUGGAAAUCAAACUUUUUGAGCACUGACAUGACACUCAAAAACAUUCAGAUUUGGAAGCGUUUGAGAUUUCAGGUUAGGGGUGGUCAACCAGUAAAGUCUAUACUAAUAAUCCAAGGUUCCCCCACACCCACCCCCAAAUUGAGAAAAUGGGAACGUUUAUGGUCCCAAGUAUUCUGGAUACAGGAUACUCAACUUGUACUAAUAAUGUCUAAUUGACGGGAAUACGGAAUGUUGUAGGAAGGCUUUGUUUUGUGGAGCUGUGUGAUUCUGUUUUAUAUUUUGGGCAUUGUUCAGGCAAGAGAUUCCCCAGGUUUUUAUUUUCACCUUGACAGAGAAAAUUUUUAGGUAAUGGGCCAUUAAGUCUAGAAUAGUCAUGGAGAUGGGGCAGUGUAUUGAGCAGGGCAUCCAGUGCUAAUGUGAGUGCCUGAAGGUUGGCCAUGUGUGGCCGUGGUGGCCAUUCUUUCUGGCUGAGGGAUGGAGAGCCGCAGCUCUCCUCUGAGCUCUAUCAUGUAUGAUGGUAAAUACUACCCCUUACUUGUGGUGUGAACGCCUAUUCCUGUUCCUGCUGUUAGCCCCAAGGGGUUUGGGGUAGACAUCUGCUGGCACCCUGGCAUCUGGCAAGGGACUGAGGAUGGGGUGAGCUACCACCUCUUGAAGGUGAAAUACACCAGGCUGCCCAUGUUUGCUGAGGCCCUAGUAGUCCUGUGAUGCUUGUGGGAUGCUGUUAGGAUGCCCUAAAGCACAGUGGGAGCUAGAUUUGGAGGGUCACAGGCCCUGGGUCUGUGGGACCCUGUCUAGGAGAGUCCGAUAUGUGGCCAUUUUUUAAAAAAUUAAUUUAUUUGAAAGGCAGAGUUACAGAGAGGCAGAGACAGAGUGUGAGAGACGUUGAAAUUCCAUCCGUUGGUUCAUUCCCCAAAUGGCCGCAAUGGCUGGAGCUGUGCUGAUCCAAAGCCAGGAGCCAGGAGCUUCUUCCAGGUCUCCCACGUGGGUGCAGGGAUCCAAGGACUUGGGUUAUCCUUCACUGCUUUCCCAGGCCAUUAGUAGGGAGCUAGAUUGGAAGUGGAGCAGCCAGGACCUGAACUGGCACCCGGCCCCUCUAAAUGUUUGUGAAAUAGGUAAUCAGCCCCUUUAUUCCCCUUUUGUUCUCUUUUAAGUAAAGUAUUUGGAAUGGCUUGGAUCUCUAGGUGCCUAAAGUAUUUUUUCCUUUACCUUUGGACGUUCACCUCACAAGCUCCUGGUGGUUCUGAGUGGCGUCCAUUUGUGAUUCUUAUGGGGUAGUGUCGUAGGGCAGCACACGCAAGGGGAGGCAGCAACACAGUGACAGUAGAUUCUGGCCACAUUGCUGUCAGUAAGAUGACUGUCAUCCUCCCGGUGAAGGCUGGGAACUCUGGUGACCUCCGUAGGUACUCUCCCCAGCUCCGUGGACCAUCAGAAUGCAGGCUCGUCCUCAUCUAUGCCUUUGACCCUUAGUGAAGGCUUCACAGUGUGAUCUGUGUCCCUGUGACCAGCGUGGGAAGUGGUAGCAGCUUGGCUGUCGCCCUUCUUGCCCUGUUCAGGCUGGCAGUUGGCGGGCCCUGAGAGCGCUUGGGUUUCCCGAGUUAGGGAGGGGCGUUUCGUAACACUGGACAGUUACACCAGGCUGCAGUGCCCAGCAGUGUGGAAGGACUCGGCAGCCAUCGAUCCUUCCCCAGUGGUGUCGACCGCAGGGGCGGGCCAAGUGGUAAACCCAGAGCACUCCAGAGGGGUUUUAUUGGUCCUUGUGGCUAUAACCACACAACUGCUUGCUGUGCCAAUUCUGUGACCCUGUUUCAGUCUGGAUUUUCCAUCUUGUAGUUCACUCCCCAAAUGGCUGUAAUGGCCAGGGCUGGGCCAGGCUGAAGCCAGAGGCCAGGAACUUCUUCUGUGUCUCCCAAGUGGGUGGCAGGGACUCGAAAACUUAGGCCAUCUUUUACUGCUUGCCCGGGCACAAUAGCAGGAAGCUGCUUUGGAAGUAAAGCAGCUGUAUCUUGAACUGGCGCUCAUACGGGAGGCUAGGACUGCAGGCAGUGGCUUAACCCUCUGUGCCACAGUGCCAGCCCCUAGAUUGAACUUUGAUCAUGUUGAGAGGUACAGGUUAAGUAUUCCUAAUCUGAAAAUCUGAAAAUUUUUGAGCACUGACAUCAAGCUUAAAAAAGUUUUAGAUUUCUGAGCAUUCCAAAUUUUGGAGUUUUAGAUUAGGGGUGCUGAAGUGGUAAAGUCUGUGCCAAUAUUCCAAAAUCAAGAAAACUCCAAAAUCUGAAACAUUUCUAGGCGCAAACCUUUUGGAGAAGGGUUCUUCAACCUGUGACAACAAGCUGUGAGGCGUUAGAGACAAACUUCACUGCAUUCAAGACCUCAUUCCCACUCCCUAAACUGAAUAAUGUUGGGCUAAUUAUGAGUGUUCUCUUAAUCUAGUUGUUUUUUCAGUGUUAAAUAGAAAUAAUGGAAUCUACUGUGAAGGGUUGUUAUAAUUAAAUGAGCUUAUGUACUAUCUCUUAAACCUGACAUACACUGGUUGUCAGUAAAUAGCAGUUGGCGUUGCUAAUACUGUUACAGAGAGUACAGUUUUCAGUGUCUUUUACAUAGAUUAUUGAUAAGUAAUACUUGUUGAUUGAUAGAAACAGGUCUCCAUUAACCCUGAACAAAGAGGAAUGGAGGUUGCCACUUCCUUUGUGGAUUCCUAAGCUGUCCGGAGAUCUUGUAAUCAAGGAAGAGACUGGGCACGUUGCACCAUCACCCUCACAGGAUGGCGGCUGUUGAUUUGACUCAUGGUCUUCUUUACAGGGACCCAGUGAGCCUUCUUGAACAAGAGAGAGCAGCAGAACGGAUGUUGGCUGACUGCUUCACAGAUUGUUACCAGGAGUCAGUGACCUUUGAUGAUGUGGCUGUGGACUUCACCCAGGAAGAGUGGACUUUACUGGACCCAGUUCAGAGAAAUCUGUACAAAGAUGUGAUGCUGGAAAAUUAUGAGAAUCUGGCCACUGUAGGAUGUCAGCUCAUGAAACCCAGGCUGAUUUCUUGGUUGGAACAAGAAGAGUCAAAGACAGUGCAAAGAGGUCAAAGAGGUCUCCAAGAAUGGAAAGUGCAGCUUAAUGCUGGAGGGUUGGCACACCAGGAGGCUACACUGAAGGGACACACCCCCAGUGGGAUGCAAGUGACAAGAAACCACAGUGGAGGAGAACUCUGUGACCCUAAGCAGUGUGGGAAAUUCUGCAAUGAACACUCUGGACUUGAGACACACAUGAGAAUGCAGUGUACAGGGAACACUUCUGAAUGUGAUCAGUGUGGAAUAGACUUCCUUCCUCUACACAGGAAAACCUCUUCUCAAGAGGUUUUGAAUCCAUGUGGAGAAACCCUCAGCCUAACCCCAAAUCUCACAUACCAGAAAAUAUGUACUCAGGACAAACCCUUCGAGUGCAACGACUGUGGGAAAGCCUUUGUGAGCCUGUCACACCUUCAGGCACACAGCAGAACUCACAGUGGAGAAAACCUCUAUGAAUGGAAGCACUGUGGAAAAGAUUUCAUUCACUCCACAGCCCUUGCUGCGCGUUUACAAACUCCCAAUGCCGAAAAGCCCUUCCAGUGUAAGGAAUGUGGGAAAGGCUUCAGAUACUCUGCAUACCUUAACAUCCACCUGGGAAGCCACACUGGAGGCAACCCCUAUGAGUGUGAGGAGUGUGGGCAAACCUUCACUAGGUCUUGUCAGCUGACUCAGCAUAGAAAAUCUCAUACUGGAGAGAAACCUUACAAAUGUAAGGAAUGUGGCAAAGCUUUCACUGUGUCCUCAUGCUUGAGCCAACAUUUGAAAGCUCACACUGGAGAUAAGCCCUGUGAAUGCAAAGAAUGUGGCACAGGCUUCCCUAGAUCUCAACUUACUGAACACCUACAAACUCACACCACAGAGAAGCCUUUUGAAUGUGAAGUCUGUGGAAAAUCCUUUAGAAAUUCCUCUUGCCUGAAUGAUCACUUUCGAAUUCACACUGGAAUAAAACCCUACAAAUGUAAGGACUGUGGGAAAGCCUUCAUUCAGAACUCAGACUUGACAAAGCAUGUACGAAUCCACAGUGGAGAGAAGCCAUAUGAGUGUAAGGAUUGUGGGAAAGCCUUUGCGAGGUCCUCUCGCCUUAGUGAACAUGUGAGAACUCACACUGGAGAAAAGCCCUUUGAAUGUGUCAAGUGUGGGAAAGCCUUUGCAAUUUCCUCAAAUCUGAGUGGACAUUUGAGAAUUCACACUGGAGAGAAGCCCUUUGAGUGCAAGGAAUGUGGGAAGGCAUUCACACAUUCCUCCAGUCUGAAUAAUCACAUGCGGACUCACAGUGCCAAAAAGCCAUACACAUGUUUGGAAUGUGGGAAGGCCUUCAAGUUUCCCACGUGUGUUAACCUUCACAUGCGAAUUCACACAGGGGAAAAACCCUAUGAAUGUAAACAAUGUGGGAAAGCCUUUAGAUAUUCUAAUUCAUUUCAGUUGCAUGAAAGAACUCACACUGGGGAGAAACCUUAUGAAUGUAAAGAGUGCGGUAAAGCAUUCAGUUCUCCAAGUUCCUUUCAAAAUCACGAAAGAAGGCAUGCAGAAGAGAAACUGUCAAUAUAAGGAAAAGCCUAAAGGUGUUGUGUCCUCAUUCACUUUGGAAGAUAUGAAAUAAGUCAGUGGGGGAGAAAUCUGAUCAAUGUUAAGGAAUGUGUAACCAUCUUCAUCACUAAUCUCAGGGCUUAAUGAGCACGUAAGAGUUUACUGUGAAGAUGAUCAUAUAUCAGUAGAGAAUGUGAAAAGAUUUCACAAAAUCCUCAAUACUUACAUGUCAGAAAUCUCACUGUAGAGAAGUCCUAUGAAUGUAGAGAAAGUGGGAAAUCUUGAAUCAGACAUUAAUGUGCAUAUCAGGAUACUUCAGAAGUUCAUGGAAAAAAUGAAAUUAAAAGAUAAGUAUAUUUUGGUGCAGAUUAUUUUGGAAAUCUAUGCAGAGUUUUUUCGUAAUAUGUGUUUCCCAUGAACUUUUGAAGAUACCUUGUAUGUGAAUUCCCUUUGGAGAGAAAAUCUUAUAAUUUGAAAGACCUUCCCCUGCCUUCUUCACCAGCAUUAAUUUUUUGAAACCUUAAUGUCUAGGUCCUCACAAUAUAACUGCAUUUGGAAUAAGAUAUUUAAAAAUGUGAUCAGCUUUAAGUGAGGAGAUUAGGGUCAAUCCCUAAGUCAACACCAUUUGUGUCUCUGAUAGACACAUGGAAAAAAACCUGUAAGGUCACUGGAAGAUGACCAUCUGCAAACCAAGGACAGAGGCCUGUAGUAGAUCCGUCUAUGAGGGUAGUUCAGAAAGUUCAUGGAAAAUGGAAUUAGAAGGUAAGAUGAUUCCAUGCAUACCCAUGUUAUGGCCUCCAGGGAAACCAGCCCUAACCACACCUUGAUAAUGGGCUUUCAGCGUUCAAAAUUUUGAGACAAUAAAUUUUUCUUGCUUAA